AUGGAUCAGGCGUUGCUGCUGUCUGUGCUGCUGAGUCAGUGGUGGUUCUCAGUGUCUCAGUACCAUCUCGUAGUUGAGCCCAUGUCGUGGUCUGAUGCUCAGACUCACUGCAGACAGCACUACUCUUACCUGGCCACAGUCACUGACAUGAAAGACGUGGAGGAGCUGAAGGAGGCCGCAAACGGACACACAGACGCCUGGAUCGGACUUCAUCGGACCAGCGAGAGCGACUUAGACAGGACAUGGCACUGGUCUCAGCCCACAGUCCAGUAUAAGGAAGAAGAGUCUCAGUGGGGACCCCUUUAUUCUCAAUCUGGGAGCUGUGCGACCAUCGACGAGAACAACCUGUGGCGAGUUGUUGAGUGUUAUCAGUCCAGUUGUUUUUUCUGCUACGACGUUAAAAAGCCCAAGAAGACUUUGGUGAAGAUGAAAAUGUCCUCCCCAGUGGAUCUCAACCCAUUCAGCCCCAUAAUACUGCAGCAGCUGCAGGAACAUUUGAAAGUGAACCACCUGGGGGACGUCAAACUGACCUGGACAGAAGACGACAACCACUGCGUUUUCAAAAAGGAAAAAUCAUCUUCACAGAACUAA